UGUUUAGCUAUUCAAUUCUCUGUAACAGUGACUCACCGGACUGGCAUAAUGGCAUAAAUGAAUUACAACCACACAUUGUAAAUUAACCAAGUCUUCAAUAUAAGAACACCCAAGGGACAUAAAUUAGACACUGAUAAUAUAAUGAGGAUAAAGUUGAACUCAGUUCACCAAUUGUUUAUUUUCAGAUUAAGAAUGACCCACAUUUAUAGCCUGAUAUUAAAUAAUGCAAUUUAGAUAAUAGUGGAUUGAUUUGCAGACGGGUACAUUUCAAGUAGAGUGCCAAAUGUAAGACUUUCAAGGGCAUUUUAGAAAAGAAUGUGUAAUAAAUGCUCUUGCAAAAGUAUAAAUACUUGUAAUUGAGAUUGUGGCUGUGUAUCUUAUGUUGAAUACUUCGACAAAUCUCAUAUUUAUUUCCCACAAGUAAAAUAUAUGACUGUAUCGCUUACAAACAUAUGAGAAAAUGCAUCCAUAUUUUAACAAAUUUCCAGUUCUGUGGAUUGUGUUCAUUCAGGACAAACCGCCAUUAAACUCUCGCUGAGGAAAAAACGGAGGCAUUCCUGAGAGAAAAGUCGGUAAUAAUGGCAUCAAACAAGUCAAAGUGAGACAGAGAAAGGGUAGGCCUUGUCUUACGAGCUCUUGCUCCUCUAGCACAGAGAGCGUGAUGUCAGCGGUGGCAGUACUGUUGUAAUUGACUUGGUAGGGGUGAUGGCGUCAUUUUAUGCCCUGCUGUAGCCUCCUGCUCCAAUUGCGAAGGGGAGACGGAUCUUUGGCCGACGCGACCGUGGCUCCCUUGGCCGGGAUCGAGCACCGCCGAGCCGGACACCUCACCCCGGGAAACAUGGAGGCUGUGGCCGAGGAGCUGCUGGCCGGCUCUCGGGUACCUGUCACUAUCGAUCAAAUAGUUAACGAUACACUGGUGGUGACGCUGACCUAUCGAGAAAGGAGUUACACGGGGAUAUUACUUGAUUGCGACAAAAAGACCGGGCUAUUCUGUCUACCAGAUUUCACAGCAAAACCCGGGGACUGCCCGAUAUCAAAAUCUGCUUGUGAAAUCCCCGAAGUUCUGAGUGAGGAGCCAGUUUCCAAAUCUCCCAGCCAGACUUCACACAGACCAAAGGAUGAAAACACUCUCCCUGAAAGCAGCAUACCUACUGCACCUCUUCCCUGCCCUGUGCCCACACCAGUGCCAGCUGGACAGACUCCUUACCCUCCUUAUUUUGAAGGAGCCCCGUUCCCCCAGCCCUUAUGGGUGCGCCACAGCUACAGCCAAUGGGUACCUCAGCCCCCUCCACGACCAAUCAAGAGAAAGAAGAGGCGGACGCGAGAGCCUGGCCGCAUGACCAUGAGUACUAUCCGUCUGCGGCCACGGCAGGUACUAUGUGAAAAGUGCAAGAACACACUGAAUAGUGAUGAGGACAGCAAAGACGGCAUGAGCAACACCAAGGCCUCUAGAAAAGAGAACUCACUACAGAGCGACGAUGAUGGCGACGACAAGGAUACCCCCACUAAGCUGUCGAGAAAAGAGGAUGUAGUUGCAACCAAGGACACUAAGAGACGGGAAAAUGGCACCAGCCUUGACAGCAAACGCCUCAGGAAGGACAAAAGGGGGGAGGCUGAAGGGGAAAAGUUCCCCGGAGGUGACGUUAUCCCCCACAGUCCGGUCAUAAAGAUUUCCUAUAGCACUCCACAGGGCAAGGGGGAAGUCAUGAAGAUCCCCUCGCGAGUCCACGGUUCAGUCAAGCCAUUCUGCCCCAAACAGCUGGUGCAGAAUGGUUUGGGAGAAAACGGCAAGACGCCUUCUGAUCCCACCAAGGAGCAACGGCACAUUCUAGAUGCCACAAGGUCUGGCCUCACAGUGUCCAUUCCCAAACUCAAACUGACCAGGCCUUUCACGACCGUGGGUCAGGAUUUGCCUUCUCCAAAGAUCUGCUUGAGACCCCCUCAGCAGGAACGUGAUGACAGUGUGGUUGAGUAUGAGGCAGAACUUGUAGGAGGCGCCAGGAGACGAAGCCCUCGGGUACCUGGCCCCUGCCUCCCUCACUCUGAAGACUCAGGGGAAGGCAAGAACUCUCUGGAGUUGUGGUCAGGGAGUUCAGGCGAGGAGGCAGAACGCGGCCACAGCGACCUCACCCUUCUCAUCAAUUUCCGUAAGCGCAAAGCGGAUUCUUCUAGCCUGUCGGUUUGCAGCAGUGACAGCCUAGAUGAGUCCAAGUCCUUCAGCUCCGAUGGCACCUCACCAGAGCUGUGCGAUUUGGCACCAGGCGAAGACCUCUCUGUAACCUCAUCUUCUGUACCCUCACGGGAUGACUGCAAGACAGUGCCACCACUCACGGUGCGGCUGCACACCCGCAGUAUGGCAAAGUGUGUAACAGAAGAGGGUCACGCUGUGGCGGUGGGCGACAUUGUGUGGGGGAAAAUCCACGGCUUCCCCUGGUGGCCCGCACGCGUCCUCAACAUCAGUGGUACCCGCAAACAGGAGUCGGCCAAUUGCGAGGCGCAGUGGCCCCAGGCAAAGGUGGCGUGGUUCGGUUCACCGACCACCUCCCAGCUCUCUGUUGCCAAACUGUCGCCCUUCAGAGAGCUCUUCAGGUCCCGCUUCAACCGCAAAAAGAAAGGGAUGUACCGGAGAGCCAUACUGGAGGCAGCCAAGGCCGUGGGUCACAUGAGCCCUGAGAUUACAUCGCUACUUUCCCACUGCGACACGUAGAGGCUGAGGACUAAAGAGAGGUCUCCGAGGUUUUUCUGAAUUCUCAGACUCUGUCAUCAAGACCCAGGAGGGAGUACGUGCGGUUGCCAUGGCUACUAUUUAUAUGCCGUUUUUUUUUUUUUUUUUCCUCUUUUUUUUUUUUUUUUUUUUUCUUUUUCACAAGGCUGGUGGAAAAUGGCCGCCAAGGUGGAGUGUUGUUGAGACUGGAUAAGGGAGCAAAAACAAGGCCAGGCAUCUCAUGGUCUACUAUGAACUAAACAAUUCCUCCUUUUUUUUUUUUUUUUUUUUUUUUUGUUAUUUUUUAGAUUAAUCAUAUUUCAAUAAUAGAGUCGAGUAACGACACUACAAGAACCCGAAUGUAUUUAUUAUCUGUAAUGGUUUAGUCCACCUUUCUACUACAGUCGUGCAAAACCUCCCAGUCUGCUGCUGUCACUAUCACGGUCCUUGCCGCCGAUGUGUUCACUGCGAGGUCCGACUCGUCCAGCCUCAAAGAAAAUCCACCCCCUCUUUUCCACAAGGACAUGAGACAUUUUACCCCGGUUUUAAAAAGUCUUAGCCUGAAUCCUCUUACUUCUGAAAAUGUGAACGGCUCCAUCCAGAGACAGUAGUGACUGUUCCAGCUCUUCUAGCGAUCACAGUGUUCCAUCCUCGUAGCCUUCUGCGACAUUAGUUGGAUUUGUGGAUGUACUGUAUUUAUACUGAACUCUGUCCUCUCCAGAAUAAUGUGUUAUGUGUCUCUCUUCCAUUUCAUUUUUAACUUUUAGAGGUGUCACGUCAACAAACUUCCCCUCCAACUCAUUUUUUUUUUUUUUUUUUUUUUUCCUGAGAAACCAUUUUUACAUCACUUUAAUUAUUUAAAGCGUCACGUUAAGAAAAAGCACUUUAUCUGUACCUUGGUGGCCUGCUGUAAGCUCACUGUCUGAAACACUAUUGCGAGAUACAGCCCUGAUAGGCAGCAGGGGAAUUCAGAAGUCUUUGUGGUUGACUAUCCAUGGCCUUGGAGAUAAAAAAGAAAAAAAAUCUUUUUUUAUUUUAUUUUAUUGUACGAUUUUUGGGGACACCAGACACCUGUUGCGGAUGGUUGUGUACACUGUAUUCUCGCAUUUGACUUGGGUGUGUUUCUCUCUCAACUUAUCUACUACACACACACACACACACACAUAUUAUACACACACACACACUACAAAAAUCCACGUUACAUUUCCACUGGAGAAACAUGGGUCAACAAAUGUGUCGAAGCCCCCUAUGCAUUAUCAGUUAAAGCUUUACGAGUGACUUUGGGAGGAAGAAAAAAAAAACAAAAAAACAUGCUGUAAGAAUACUGUGAAUUCAACUGCUGAGUGUAAAGUGUGAAGAAAAGCUCGCUACUAGUCAGAGCCUGCAGUUAUUGAGUCAUCCGGCAAAGCAGACUGCAACGCUGACCUUUAGUGACCUUUGUGUUGAAAGCAGCACUGUUGGAAUAGGGGGAGGGGGGCGGCGAAGGCAGAGACCACUGCUGUCAAGCACAGCCCAGUCUGUAUUAAAAAACGUACCGAACAUUGCACACAGUCACGCUCAGCCAACCAGCCCGUCUCCUUUUCUUCUUGUCUGGGAACGUUCUGUUCUGAUCGAGGCUGAAAACUGGCUCAUUGAUCGUCAGUGAGAGAAGUGUGUUUAUUAGAGGAGCAGGUGAUGCACUCCUCCCAUUUUGAUAAUCUGCGGUUUGACUGUUUACCGUCAAGCUCAGCUAGUUUUCCAGGCAGCCUUACACGAGGAGUGGGAGAGUCUAAAUGUAUGUAUGCCUGAGAGGGGAAAUGGCCGUCAGGAUUUUCCCAUGUAUGAGCAACAUGGCUAUCUACUGUUGCCCACGUUGGUCAAUGUUAUUGGCUACUUUUUUGUUUUCUUUUUUACAUGUACUGUACAUAAAAUAAAAUAAAAUAUACAAGCAAUA